UUUAAAAAAAAUGAAAAGUGGUUUAAUAUUACAUAAUUAUCAAAUAACAAUAUCUAAAAGAUGUAUUAAACGAAAAUUUUUUUACUAAGAGACAAGAAAUACAGAGGGUGAAUGAAAAAGUCGACACGUAGAAAUCUACAGUGAUUUCCAUCGCAGAGCUCUGAGUCGUGUCGUAAUUUCGCGGCCUCUUGUUAAUGGCUACGGGCUUUUGGCCUUUUGUUCCUACUCUUACACGCAGAAUAGGAACUUGACGAAGAAGAAGAGGAUGAUGAUCGGUUUGAGCAUUCAAGGCCUAUUAGAUUUGUUCGUCGCCGGAGUUUCUCUCGUCAUCGGUUUGGGAAUUUUCGCUCUUAUUGCUUCCAUUCUUUGCUCUGCUGCUUUCUUGAACUGUGCCAAGGAUGUUUCCUAAUCCAGCUUUCCAUCGGAGAUCGAAUGCUUUGGUAAUUAAACUUUGAUUGAUGAAAGGGAAGGGAUGGAUGCAAUUGGAUUUGAGGAAUUCUGUAAUUAGUUUUUCUUUUUCUUUCUCGAAUACACCAUACCACGGAUCCCAUCCGGAUCCGCGACGAAC